UCGCGAUCUUACAAGGAAAAAAAACAAAAACAACAGUACAAGGUGUGUCAGGAAGUGGUUGCGCCGCAUGCAUCUAAAGAAAAAGAAAGAAAAUGCUAUACAUGUGGGGAAAUAGCCUAUGUUAAACUGUGUUAAUCUCUUCAUCAGUUUAGAGUUUCAGUCACUGGGCUCCAUUGUGGGAGAGAAGGACGCGUCAGGCAGUUAUAAAUUUGUGCUUAUAGAGGCUUGCAGAGGCAGCAGGCUCUAUUCGGGCAGAUUUACUCCGUGCACUAAACUGAUCUCCAUUAUAGUGGGAGCUGCAGACAGAACCCAGAUCAUCUUUUAACUGGCGAUUAGAAGAGAGUGACCAUGCAAAGGUUUUUUUUUUCCCCUUGAAGGUUGAUUGUAAAGCCAAGAACGUAAACUAAUAACUUCUUUCCUAAACAGUUAGGAUUUUCGACUCUGAAGGUGAUACACGAAAGCGGGGAAACUUCAGAAGUCUUUUCAUUAACAAAGGCCUGAAUGUACGGAACUGGCUGCUUGUUUUCUUCUUCUUUUUUUUUUUUUGCCCCACUCUGCGUAAAUCAAUAGCCAGUCCCCGUUCAGAAUAGAUUUGUUGUCCGGAUUGGCGUUUUUAUAGGCUUCCUUCAGCAUUUUGGACGUUUUCUGGACAUUUCGAAGCAAGAAAAUAUGACUGGGACGUAGGUUACUUUUUGGGCGUCAGAUCCAACACAGUGCUGAAUGCAAGACCUAAGCAAAACUCCUAACGGGAUUAUAGCGUCGGUUCGGUUUACCCCCUUUGGAUUUCGGAUUUAUCGGCUGUUUUGGAAUGGAAGGACGGGAGUUCGGCCCUCCUCCGCCGCUGCUCACAGAGCGAGGCCCGCUGGCUCACCGCGCCGCCUCUCGGAUCACUGCAGCCGGCCACGCAGCCGUGCAGCACCCCGCUGCCUUCCAACCAGGGAAAUACUACCCCUCACACAUCCCCAUACCUCCACAAUCAGGCACUGGGCUGAUGGCAAACUCCUCUGCUUCAUUCAUGGGCACUUUCCUGGCCAGCAGUCUGGGCUCACCCCCAUCCCACCAUUCCGGACCCCCUUCCUCUCCAUCUUCUCCCCCUUAUCGCAGUGGACCCCACUCCAGCGGCCACUCCCAGAUCUGGUUCCCACACCCACAUGAAGCCCCAGGGUAUUCCCGCUUUUCUGGAAGUCUGGCCCCCACCUUUCUACCCAUGAGCCCCUUAGAUCACCAUGGAAACAGUAGCGUUCUCUAUGGACAGCACCGAUUCUAUAACACUUCAAAAGAUUUCUAUAUCAGAAGCCUCUCAUCACAGCCCCACCUUCUCUCCACCAAUCACAACUUACCAUCACUGACUCGGACUGCCCCUAGCCAUCCCCUGGGAUCUUGUAGCCGGGAGCGGGACCCUGGGGGAGGUGGGCCCACCCAGAAAAGCUCUAAAGAGUCAGAUAUAGGAGAGCAGGUUAUAUCAAUUGUAGGAAAAGACAAGGAGAAAAGCAAACAGGAGGUGAAAGGCCGUCAGCACCAUGACCCACCUUCGCCAGCCCCCCACCAUCACCAACACCUCCAUCCUCACCAUCAUCCUCAGCUCCACCCUUUAGGGCCAGAGGAAAACCCCAGACAUAAAGAUGAUCCAAAUCACCUGAGCACCUGCCUCCUUUCUACAAAGACCCAUAAUGGCCCACAUACAGGGACAGCAGUCAGGGGCUCCUCCCUCCCCAGUUGUGUAGGGCCAGGGGCCUUGAGUUUAGGAAACGAUCCAAAACGGGGUGGUGGAAAUAUCUGUUGCAAAGAGGUGAGCGGUGAGAUGAGAAUCAGUGAGUCUCCAUCAGACUGCCUGCGCCAUAGUGCAAUGCUAGGCCAUACCCAUCCAGUACCAUAUGCUAUGCCUCCUCCCCUUGGCCUGGGCUCAGCGGUUGGAGGAUCCUGGCCGCACCCUAUUCACCCCCACCAUCACCACCCCCAUCAUCCACAUCCAGACCUAUACUGUCCCCCUGCCCCACUAACCAUGUCCUCUGCUCAGGACAAAAGUCUAGCUCCUGGAGCAGGCAGGGAUCGCAAAGUCAUAGGGCCCACGUUUGUGCCCUCUGUGGGACCGCUGGGUGAUAAGAGCAGUGGGCCAUUUCAGCUGGGUAACCCUCACUGUCAGGGUCUAAGAGGGAUAGUUGACGAAGUUGGAGGAGAGGGAAUAGUGAAGGCCAAAGCUUCAGAAAAAAGUAGUAAUGGAGGCAAAAUAGCUCCUCCUUCUGCACCACCCCUACUAACUCCUAGUACCUGUCAUAAAAAGUCUUCACAUCAACAGCAGCAGGGUGUCUACAGUAAAGCAGACAAGGGUCCAGACUGGUCUCUAGGCCCCCAUUCACAUUUAACACAGCAGGCACAGCAUGGUCAUGAUCACCAGCCACAUUCGAAUCUCCCUAACCACUCCUAUAGCUCAGAAGCUGCUGAGAAUUCCUCAGAGACAGAUGCUUAUCAACCCUCCCUGCCCCAGGGAGCCAAAGAUGGCUGCCAGGCUAAAUGCAGCUCUUAUGCUAGCACUCCACCUUUCCGGGACUGUUCAAUUUUAGGUUCACCUCAUAGAAUUCCAUCUGAAAGCAAGCCUAAUAAUGAAAGUGGGUGUGCACUCCAGCGGGACAGCCAGAGGAUUGCUAGGGUACACCAUCACCAGCAAAACAGCAAGACUGGAAUUCAAGGUCAGGAUUCAGAUCUGGGUCCAAGCAGCAGUUUUCAAGACAGAAGAAAACAAGAUGCGGAUAUUGCAGCACAAGUGGACACUGGGAAUCAGGCAGGUUCUUCUUGGGAAGUGCGAGGGCAGCAGUCUCAACCUGACAAUGAGCGACGCAAAGCAUAUGACUCUUUGGGUACAGGAGACCAGGGGCCUCAUCCUUUCCCUGCCCACCAGCAACCCUCAAUAGGCCCUCAUGGGCUAGAGAACAGUGCCAUGAAAAACCUGAUGAAGUACAGCAACCAGCAGCCACACCUGCUUUCCCAGAAGAGCCCAUUUGGGGGCCUGGGUAGCCUGAAGCAGGGAGCAGCGAAUGGAGACAAGAAUGACAGAAGUGAGAGGAAUCGAGGGAGUGCAAGCUGUGCCCAUCAGGAGGGCAAGCAAACGCUGCCUUCAAGGAGGGCCUCUUCCUCUGGGGAGAAUGAGCGCUUAGAGCGGGCAGGCCGUGAUUCCGGUGAGGGGGAGGGGGAAGUGCGGCAGCCCCCUGUGGGUAUUGCUGUGGCAGUCGCCAGGCAGAGAGAGCCUAUGUGCCGCCCACCAGACAGGCCUGCCACCCACAGCCGCCACGGCAGAGUGCUGCCCAGCAUGAAGGUGCUGGGUUGCCAGUUUGUUUUGCUGAAUCAUCCUUCUGUGGCAGGUAUUGGACGCUCUGUAUACCCAGUAGAAAGGGAGGUGGAGGAGGAAAGGAAGAGUAUAUCUGAGGAGCAGCUGUCUCUGCCUCCGCUGGACAGAGAAAGAGAUCUUCUGCUCAGGGAAAACAAGGAUCUAGUUGAAUUUGCCAGGAUCCACCCUUCUAGCAGUUGCCAUGGAGACCUGACCUCUCACCUCAUCAUGCCAGGUGGGAGCCAAUUAGGUGCUGAUCCAUCAGUACAUACUCACCCAGCUCAUCACUGGAUGCCUCGGACAGGAAGUCCUUCCCUUUGGAUUGGACACUCAUAUGGUCUGAGUCAUGCUGCUCUGCACCAGAACCUGCCCCCAGGCUUCUCUGCGGCCAUGCCCAGCCCCCUGCAGCCUGUCCUGCCACUUCCGCAGGACCCCUCUCCUGCCCUGGUAGUUCUACCAACUGAGCCGGCUGCCCACCCUGCCACCCAUCACCUAGAUGUAAUGGAGCAACAGGGAUUAUGGCCUCCAGUGUAUGGGGCUCGAGGUCCUGCUUCUCACAUACAGCAUUCCUCAGUCUACUCCCGCCAGUUUCUACGGCAACAAGAGCUCUAUAUGCUGCAGCAGCAUCAGCACCAGCAACACCACAGAGCAGCACAGGCAAUGGAGCUGGCACAUAGGCAGACACAUUCUCAGAGGAAACCUGAGGAUCCACCUAUUGAUCUGGAUGAAGGUCCUCCUGAGCCUCGCACCCUAAAAUCAGCAAAACCCUUCUCAUACCCCUCCUCCAGUAAAAGUCGCUCCUCCUCCUCUCCAGGGGGAUGCGCUUCUCGUCUCUCACCCUGCUGUCACUCACCAGCCCCACGGCCCCCUCCUAAGAGCACUCCAUGCACCCCCUGCCCCGAGCCGAGCCCAGCUGUAGCAGCACCUCGCUCUCCUGCACUCAGCCCCCAUGCCACCCCCCACCUACCCAAAGAAGCUGAGUCUCAGGACAAGAGAGGAGAGGGCCAGCCGCCGCAGGACUACCCUCACUCUCUGGAGCCUGAUCUUCCACCAGGCUAUACUUAUCCUGCCAUUGCAAUUGGUUACAAGGCUGGACCAUCUCCACAAGAAGUCCGGUUAGCUGAACAUGCUGACUUGGAGGCAGAGCAAGCAGAACCUGCUGAACCAGAACCGCAGCCCCUCCCGCUUUCCACAAUGGAGGAGGAGUCUGUGUGCCAGGCAGCAAAAUCCCCUACUUCAACUGCCAAGGUGGGACCUCAAGUAGAGGAUGUCCAGGAGGACAAUAGGGUGAUGGCAGAAAAGGAAGAGUUGUAUGAAGAUCAGAAGGAUAUGACCUGCCCCCCUACCUCUCUCUCUCCACCUAAAUGCCAACACCCCUCCAAAUCCCUCUGCCCAAAUACUUCACCUAUAGGGGAGAACUCACAAAUAGAGGCAUCUAAUACCCUCACCCCUGAUCAUCCCAGUUUUCUGGAGGUCCAGGACCCAGCCGAGGAGGUCAAAACUCAGGAAGAUGAUAUUGUAAAUCCUGUCCAGGAUUCACCUGCUGCUUCCCAGGAGCUCCAUUCUGUGGAGCUGACUGAGGAUGUCCAAGAGAAAAACUGUACUUCACCCAGUACAUCUGUAGAUCUGGAGGUCACUCAGGCUACAUCACCAUCCUCUCCCUUGUCUGAGCUUUCUGCUCUUGGUAACCAGUAUCCUGGAUCCUGCAUCUGGAGUCUGGAGCUUCUGAUUGCAGCGGCUCUCUGUGCCACAAGAGAUGCCCAGAUGGCUGCCUCCGUGGCAAUGCCUGCUUGUAUAACACCCCCUCAAAAUGGCAUGGCACUUCUGAGUGAGCUUGCUGAGCUGGAGAGACGACAACAAGAGAAGAACGGCAGCAGCAUGAAGAGUGCAGGAGAAGAGAGACUGCUCAUUGACCUAGAGAGUCUAGCGACCCUUGCAGCUGCACGGGCACUGGAAGUGACUCCGCCCGUCACUACUGAGUCUUUCCCUCCUCUACGUCGUAGAUUUAACCUGCGCAGGAAGUGGAAAUGGACACCGCAACAUGAACCGGCAUGUCCGGUGAAGAGUAUAAUGGAAACAUUGGACAGGGAGGAGCUUGCGAUGAGGAUGCAGCUGGCUGAGCUGCAGCGGCGCUACAAAGAGAAACAGAAAGAGCUGACCAAGCUACAGAGAAAACAUGACCACCAAAAAGAGGAUACCUCAAGAAGUCCAGCUCGUCGAGGCCCUGGCAGGCCACGGAAACGCAAGCCCACCCCAGGACCAACUGCCCCCACAGAUACAGUCAAGAGGGUCAAGUUGGUGGGAGCAGGGUCAGGCCUGCUGUCUGCAGAGGAAGAGCUGGCUGGGGGCGGGGACAAGCACACAAAGAGGAAGAAGACGUCGAAUAACACCUACGACCACGUCGGGGGCACACAGGUUCCCUGUAGGCAGAGAGGCAGACCAAGACUGCUGAGCUCCAAGAUGGCCCAGCUUAAGCAGAAAGCUAAUACCAAGUGUGGAUCUAAACUAGAGAGCAUAUUUUUUUACAGAGAGAAGUCUGCUUCUGCAGAGCAGACACAUAGAAACAUGACUGGACAUCAGAGUGAAACAGGGAGCACUGACACAACAGUUCAUCAGAAUCUAGAUGGCCAGAGGAUAAUGAUGCGGAGAGGACGCAGGGCAAAGCUCAGCCAUGACCAUGCCUCCUCUCCCCUGCAGACUCGAACUCAGCAGAUGAUGCCCAACAAAGCCUUAACCAACAGCAAGCGGGAAGUGACAGGGAAGGACAGCUCUUCCUUGGACAGCGAGUUGUCCGAGCCAGAAGAGGAAGAUGAUGGCAUCUAUGACAUCGAAGAUGUGCCAGAGGACAUCAAAAAUCUAUCUUCUAAAUCUCAGCUGUCGGGAGCUUGUGCGCCCUCCUCCUCCACAGUCAAGCUAGCUAUUGGUCAGAAUGCCAAAAGCAACAAGCAGAGACAAGGAUUUGGGUCUGUUACUGCCUUGCUUGCUAAGGGGGAAAUGAAGCACAGGAAAAGGGCCCCCUGUGGGCCAUCAUUGCUCAGUGAAGACAGGAAUUGCCUACUGGUGGAGAAGAGACGAAAUGCGCUCAGGUGGCGAGGACUUUCACAAGAGAACAGCUUACAUCGUAAUAAGGUUCUCAAAUGCGUCCCCAAUUCAUUGGAAAGGACAGCUAGGAAGGAUUCUGUAGUCCUUGGAAAGAAGAGAAGUUGCUUGCUAGAAACUGUGCCAUCACAGAUUGAAGACAUUCACUGGAACAAAAAGUUGAAAAUCAAACAGGAUGCCAAAAGGCGAGGCAUGAGGCAGCUGCUGGAGAGCUUCGCUGCAGAAGAGGGAUUCCGCAUGGAUGAUGACAGCAGCUUCUCUGAAGGGGAGGAGGAGCUGGAAGAAGAGGAGCAACACAAGAAUACAGUGCCAGCUCUGCCUAACUGUGUGCUUACCAAAGAAGCUCUGCGAGAUGGACUGAAAGUGCUGAUUUCCAAGGAGGAUGAGCUGCUAUAUGCUGCCUAUGUGCACACGCUGGACUUACCUGACAUUUACAGCAUUGUCAUAGAAGGAGAGAGAGGAAACAGGCCAAGGAUCUACUCCCUGGAACAGUUGCUUCAGGAAGCGGUUUUGGAUGUGCAACUGGAGACAGUGGAUGCACUUACUGAUGGAACAAGAGUGUGUGCAUACUGGAGUGAGCGCUCAAGGUGUCUGUAUCCUGGAUAUGUCCGCAGAGGCGGUCCUGGAGACGAACAGAAAGAAGGCUCUCUCAUGGUGGAGUUUGAUGAUGGAGAUCGUGGCUGGAUUUCCCUCCCCAACAUUCGACUUCUUCCACUUGGCUACCAAAUAUAUUGUGCAGAGCCUUCCCCAGCUCUCCUGGCUUCUCCAACCCGCCGCAGACGGAAAAGCUCCACUCAGAAGAAGAGCUCUCAGCAGAUUGAUGUUUCUUCUGAAUGGCAUGGCAACACAGAACCAGGGAAAACAAUCAAGGCCAAGCCAGGGAGACCCAAAUCAGUCAGUUUAUCAACAAGAAGUGGUGUGUCUGAGAAUGUAACUGGGAGUGCUCCCUCUCUUCUUACCUGGCCGUCUGUCACCAUGUCUAGAAAGAGACCAUCUCUGGAUUUGUUCCAGUUCAAUGGCCUGUCUAGGAAAACUCCAAAAGAGAAGGAGACAGACACCUUCCCCUUGCUUGGCUCCACUAUGGGUACACCAGCUAAGGGUAUCUUUAGCACUUCCUUCGAGGUAGAUUCUUUUAGUAGCAUUGCUAAUGGUUUUACAACCUUUGGUAAUCAACAACUACCAUCUGGGUUACAACUUGGUCAGAAGAGCACCUCAAAUGUUCGGGGGAGAAAGACAGGAGACAGGAAAGAGUACCUCAUCAAAUUGGACCACGAAGGAGUAACCUCUCCAAAGACAAAAAAUGGAAAAGCACUCAUGCUUCUUGGAAAUGGGGAGUUUGAAUCUAGAGGAGGGAGAAUGAUGAAGGGCUCUGGGACCAAAAACAUAGAUGAUCAGACCUCUCAUGUAAACUGCUCCCAGUCAAUGUUGCUGAUGAAGGAUGCCAAGAGAAGUAGUAGUCACCUCCUCAAGGGUUCAUCUGACAUGCAAAAACAUUCUCAGGGUCUAGGGCUUGGUGAAUAUCCAGAUUAUGUGUUGAACUGCCACAGCGAUUGUCUCAGCUCCUACUCAGAAAUGGAUGAAGAUGAAGAAGAUGAAGAAGAUGCUAGAAGGGCGGUGAUGCGUAACCCUAGGCGCUUUCUGUCUCAUCUGUCCAUCUCCUCCUCUUCCUCAGGUUCCUCAAGCUCAUCAAGUUCAGGCUCACUUUCCAGUUCUAGUGCCUGCUCCUCUGACAAUGACUCCUCCUACAGCUCAGAUGAAGAGGAAGCAUCUCAACUUCUCCUGCAGGGCUGCCUGUCCUCCCAUCAUGCAGUGCUUCAACAACAGCAGCAGCAACAUCCUGAGCCAACAACUGCCCCACCACAACACUCCUUUAUUGCCAAAGCCAUGGGUGUGACCAGCCCAAAGGCUCUGGUUAGCAAUGGUACAGGCAAGCAUCAAAGGAGAAAGGAGAUUCCCAGUAACUCCAUGUCUACAGCACAAACCAAAUCUUCCAAGGACUGUCCCAAAAAGCAAAAGACAGACAGACCACCCAACUCGUCUGCAUUUGUGCCAGCACGUCAGCUGUGGCGGUGGUCUGGAAACCCCACUCAGAGGCGAGGUCUAAAAGGAAAGGCACGGAAACUCUUCUACAAGGCCGUGGUCCGAGGUAAAGACAUAAUCAGAGUGGGCGACUGUGCAGUAUUUCUAUCUUCUGGCCGUCCUCACCUUCCUUAUAUCGGCCGCAUCGAGAGCCUGUGGGAAUCUUGGGCCAGCAAUAUGGUCGUGAAGGUGAAAUGGUUUUACCAUCCUGAAGAGACUAAACUGGGCAAAAGGCACCGAGAUGGCAAGCAUGCCCUUUAUCAGUCUUGCCAUGAGGAUGAAAAUGAUGUACAGACCAUCUCCCAUAAGUGUCAAGUGGUUAGCCGAGCUGAAUAUGAGCACCUCAGCCGCCUAAGGAAGCCCAACAGCAACAGCCAGGACCUCUACUACCUGGCUGGAACAUAUGACCCCACUAGUGGCCAGCUGGUCACAGCUGAAGGAGUAUCAAUAAUCUGCUAGCGUUUUGUCAUAUGGAUGUACUACUGAAGAAAUUUUUCCUUCGUGAUGGAGGAUACCUAAAGGGCUUACAAUCGGCUGACAAAGGCUGAAAAUGAUUUUUACUGUGUUCAGAAUGGUCUCAGAUCAAAGCCCCAUAAUUGUACACUAAACUAGCACUCCAUGGAAUAAAGAAGAGGAGAAGAGCUCUUUACUGGUCUACUUUGUAGCUGCGCCUCACCCGUCGUUAGUGGGUGAAAACUGGGGCUGACACAUUCACAAACUUAACAGCCAAGGAAAGAUGUUUUCAUUCUCAGUGAAAAUGAUGAGGCACUGGACAUAUUCUAAGCAAGAUUCUAUUAAUUUAUGGUAACCGUGUUGAGGUAAAUAUUUCAGUUUUACUUUUCUGGAAGCCCUGAACAGAGCUGGGUUCACUUUAGACUGAUCAUCCUUAUCAGAUCAACUUCAUCAGAAAUUUUUUAAAAUUGUUUUUAUCUCAGUUGGACCAAAACUAUUGCAUGGUGUGUGUGUGUGUGUGUGUGUGUGUGUGUCUGUGUGUGUGUAUGUGUACAGAGUAUGGCCACAAACACACAAACAGAAGGAACUGGGUGUCACGCUGUAGACUAAAAACUCUUGGCAUGGCAUUACAAGUGCCACUGUCUAAGGUGUACAACACAUUCUAAUGACGCCUUCUGGGCAUCCAGGGAUUUUCCAGGAAUCAUUUUAAUGCCCAUUCAACUGAAAAUAAUUUUAAGUUAAAUCUAUGAAUGAAUUUUUCUUUUAAACAAAAAAAGGGUUGUUUUGUGUUUUUUUUUUGUUUGUUUGUUUUUUUCAAUCAAGCCAUACACUUCAGUACCUCUUACUUACUGUACCUUUUAUUCAGGUGUAUAGUUGUACAAUUAUUUUAUUUUAUGUGUGUAAAUAUAUAAAUAUAUAUAAAAGGUAUUACUGUAAAUAUAAUAUAAAGGAAGAGAGAACUAUAUUCCUCUUUAUUGCGCUUGAUUGUGUUAUUUUUUUAAUGAGAUAACUGUUAGGUUUGAUUGGGAUUUUUUUUGUUUUCGCUUUGGAGGGAUGUGUGAUCCACAAGUCACCACCUCAGCACUGUACAUGACUUCUUUGAAAUAGGUCAUGAUAAGUUAGUAUAUACAGUAUACUGCAUAAGUGUGGCAGAACAGUCCACAAGGUGACUAAUGCAGACUGGGCCAUUUGUGUCCACAUAAUUGUUAUCUUUUCCAUAUUUUUUUUUUCUUUUUCAUUUAGAGCCUCUUCACAGAAUUCAUUUGUGUAUUGCAUUGCCCUCUGAGUGGGUUAUGAGUAGAACAAAUGCAACAAAAGCCUUUGUGGCACUUUUGCACUUCAGACAUGCAAGGUAAUGUGUUGCCAAUGCAUCCAUGUUUUGCCAGAUCCAAACAGUGUGUCGGUAAAAAGUUAUUGUACUAGUAGAUAGAUAGCUAAUGUAACAAAUCUGGCCUCCCAAGCAGAAACCAAAGCACCUCUAAGGUUAUUUUACAGAUUGCAAUAAAUGAAUGAAGUCUGUGUAAAUAGAUUAUAAGGUAUGGGAGCCCUGCAAUUUCAUUGGCUGGUGAACUUUAGAUAAAUUGACAAUGUUCAUACUCUAUGGUGCAGUUACUGUUUUGUUUGCUUUAAUAUGACAGAAACAGCUUUUUGUUCUGCAUUGUUUUAGUAAUGUUGCUGGCAAGAUUUUAGUGUUGGUAACAACAUUGCUGUGAGGUGGAUGAUGCAGCACACCAGUGGGCACUUCAGGCACUCGAAGGCUUCUGAAGGCCAUGUGUCACAUGUUCAUGAAGGACAAUCAGAACCCGUUUGAGGGGGUGGUUUAAAAUUGAUCAAAUCUCAAUGUUGCCUCUCGUCACUUUUUAUUCCUGCUUUGCCAAAAAUUGCAUUUUCAUUUCUUUUCUCCAUUGUCUAUGUCAUAUAUUUUUGCCUGAUAUGCAAGCCUGUAAAGACUGUUCAUUGUAGAUUUGAGGAAAGGACAGAAAUGCCUUCCAGUCCUUAAGACUAAUUUUUAACAACUUUGUUGCUGUUACACUGCAGAAGCAAAAGCUUUAAAAAUCAUAUGUGAAAAUCCAUGUAAUGUCACUUUUUGGGUCUAUAAAAAGAAAACAAGUUAUUUUCAUAACUAAACACUGGAUUCAUUGCAGAAUACCAUGACACUGGCAUCAGCAGUGUGGCAGAAAGUUGUUGAAGCCUCAGAAAAAAGGGGAAUCAUUGUACAACCUGACAAUGAGACCCACUGAGAAUUAUUAUUAUUAUUAUUAUUAUUAUUAUUAUUAUUAUUAUUAUUAUUAUUAUUUUAUUUUAUUUUAUUUUUGGGGGGGUUGAUGUACUUUUUGACAUUGUGGGGAAUAUAACAUUGUGGGGAUAUUUGCAUUCUUUAGGCAAGUUAUUUAUCUUAAUUUUAAUGCAUUUGUGUUGCCUUUAAUUAAAAAAAGAUGUCAAAAUUAA